ACACAAAUUGCUACAACUUUUUUUUGACUAAAGUGAACUUUUUAUAGAUCUGCCUGAAGACCUUUUACAUGCCUUGGAAAACAAACUCUCCAGGCUUGAUGAGGUUCUGGAGCAAGAGGUUGAAGUUAUUGAGAGUCAACACCAUAGAUUGGUGACUGGAGAUCUGAGCCCUCCUGAAACUGAACUUGUCUCGUAUAGUUACCCCUCUUCACCUUCACCCUCACCAUCACCCACCGAUGACCACCACGGAGCUCACCCUCCCACCAUCACUGUCACCUCCCCUGCACCUGUUUCAUCUACCAAGUCUACUCUCCAUGAAAUCAGGAGUGAAAGUACAACAAGAGAGAACUCACCCGAAAAACAGACGCAUGGAAAAUCGAAACAAUUAAGAAGUCCUUUUUCUGAAGCGGAACGGUCGAUCAUAAUGAAGGAGGCACGAAACACACGCAGUCGAUGGAGAGAAGUUCUUCACAACCCCCAGUUUCAGGAUCAGAUGUCUCAACUGAGGAGUCACUCUUAUUCAGAUGGAACAAAUUCAUGUAGCAGUGGUAUAUUUACCCUGGCACAAGUUGUUGACCAGCUGAAGCAGCAGAAACAAGAGCAAUCGCUACAUUCUAACAUUAAAUCCUUUGUUUCUGUCAAUGCUGAUUUUCUGGUACGGUCUCACAGUGUGAUAAAGUCAAAGAGAAAACAUAUUCGAGGCACUCAACUCAUGGAUGAAGAUAUGAGGGUUCAUGUGUACAAGAGAGCAGUUGAAGCACUGGUGUAUCCUGCUUCUGACCCAGAUGCUCAUCGUUUUGAGAAGUGGACUGCUCAUAAACCCACAAACUGCUCUGAAUGUAACAGUCUGCUCUGGGGGCUGUCUAAGCAAGGAGUAAAGUGCACUAGCUGUGGUAAAAUUUGUCAUGAAAGAUGUGCCACUAUUGCCAGCCAAGAAUGCUUCCAAAUUCAUGAUCAACACUCUUCAUCCUUGGACUUGUACCUUGCUGCGAUAAGUGAAAAGAUGCAUCGAACAGUCAUCAAUAAUACAAUCAUGUUCAAAACUCUUAGGGACGCAUUUUUUGUUGUCAGUGAAGAUGAUAAUGACAUCAUCAUUGAAGAAAUACGGAGGAAGAUUCUUAACUUGGCACAGACAUUUUCCGCUGUGGUAAAAGUAAAAGUGAUUGCUGCCCAAGGAUUAAAUGCAACAAAAGAUAAAAGGGUUUACGUGUCUGUUGCAGUCGGACAGAGUCGGAAAAGAACUAAAACUUUUAAGGGCGAUGGAAUUCCUUACUGGAAUGAAGAAUUUUCAUUUGAGUGCUACAACUACCACGAACCAAUUCAAAUCAGAGUUUGGAAUGAGCGGGAUACUGCAUUUGCCAUGGUGAAACAUAAGCUAACAAAAGAGCCGGAUGUAUUCUUGGGAGAGAAGGUCAUUGAGGUUCGUAGAGUUGGGGCACCUAGGGAUGUGUGGUACAAACUUGAGAGGAGAACAACUGAUUCUCAGGUGUCGGGCUCCAUUAAUGUUAACCUGUCGGCCAUUGUAGAAAAUGAUAUUACCAUUGCUCCAUUCCAUGACCAGUAUAUGAGACUGCAUGAGCAAAUGUUCGUCCAUAUGCAUCUUACUCAAUCAUCACCUUUGCUACCUAUCUCUCCUGAGCCCAACAAAGAAGAUGAGGGGGAAAAUUACAAGUUAAAGUUUCUACCCCAAGUUGCUCAAGAAAUCAUUGAUGAGUUUGCCCUCAGAUAUGCUGUAGAACCAAUCUUCAGAAUGAUGGUGUAUGUAUGCUAAAAGGGGCAUAAUUGGGACUUUAUCACUACUUUGUUGGAAUGUAGAUAUCCAUAACCGGAUAUGAAUUGUCGUAUUAAUAACCCCAGGCUACACUCUGCUUUACACAUCAUUUGUGGGUAGUGCAACAUAGAAAUGAUGUAAUAUGCAUGUGUACCAUGUUUCAUCUCCAUGUGCUACCAUGGGCAUUUGUUUUUGUUAAAUAAAGUGGUCGUCAUAGAAGCGAUAUAAUACACAUGCGUACCAUGUUUUAUCUGCAUGUGUAACAAGUUUGGGCAGUGUAGAAGUAAUUUAAAAAAGAAUUGCCUAUUGUUUUUUUCCAAACAUGUGUGGAAAUGAUAUUAAUACUAAUGCGUACUAAGUUUUGUCUCCAUGUGUGCUACCAUUAAGAGUGAAAAAAGAAAAUAGCAUAAGGCUAUUUGUUGUGUUAUGUAUUGUUGUGAUUUUGAUGUUUGUGAUUGAAUACAUGAUGGAUACAAAGUUUCGUUCACAGAGCUCUUACCAUUUGUGACUUACAUGGACACAUUUGGUCCCAUUAAAAUGUAUUGUCUGGGGCUAUUUGUUGAGGUUUACAGUAAACAACACUGUUUACGAACACCAUGACCAUGCACAUCAUCUAUGGAUAUCUACAUUCUUACGUAAUUUCAAGACUCUGAGUGUUGUUAUACUCCCAAUUUUCCAAGUAACUCUUAGUCUUUUCAGAACUCCCUAGUAAUAAAAGGGUAUUUGGGAUUCCCCUCUUUACAACAUUGAUGCCUAGGGCAUGAAUUAAUUUCUGCUACCAUUAAUCUUACAAACUAGUUCAGGUUCUAUUAACAUUCGCUGGGUUUGGUUGCACUGCUUUAUAUUACAAACACUUGGUGGUCGAACAGCUGCAUGCUCUUUGGAGUUUACAUUUCUACUUACUUAGCCUUCUCUGAUAAUUAUAAGAUUAUACUAGCCUUUCUGUCAGCUUAUGGAAAGUUACCCAUACAUUGACGCUUAUUCAGACCAGAGAGACUGAUCGCGAUCUCUAUGCGGCAAGUCUGUGCAUAACAAAACAUACUUAGUUUUCUUUACACAUGAACAGGCCCUGGGAGAAUUUUUAGUGCACAUAGUUGGACCUCUGUUCGCGAGAGAGCCUGGAACAAGGCAAAUUUCUUGUUUAGCAGUUAGCAAUUUAAGUAUGACCUCCAAUUUUUAGUAGUUGCAAGAUUAGUUUGCAGUUGUAAUUAUGUUUUUUUGCUGCAGGCAUUACCAGUUGCUUGUGAAAUAUCAUCACUCACUAAACUCGGCUCUGCUAGUCAUGGAGAACCUCUUGCGGAAUCUUCGUUACCAGAUGUUUACACUAGUAGCUGCAGACAAUGCUGUCCGUGCUGUGGGUGCUACUAGGCUUAUGGAAGAAUACUUUGAUUCCAGCAACUUUGGGGUAAAUCAAACUGUGAAUUGUUCUUUUAAGUCUUUGUUUUUUUUCAGAGGGAUAAUUUUGCAAGACUGCUGGAUAAGUUGUUGUCUUCUUUGCGACUUGACCUGCAACAAUACAGGGUAAAUAAAGCAGAGAGAACGUGUGAAAAGGGGGUGUAAGCGUAAGGCAAGUGUAUAUCAAGCAAUUGAACAAUUGAGUAAUCUACUUUGGUGUAGACGAGAGCUGUGUGUAUAUGUGAGUGUUUUCUUUGCUGUGGGCCAUUGCCAUUGCUGUAUGCUUGCUAUUCCAUUUUUUAAUGCUAGAGGAAUGCGACACAUUUUUGGGGAGCGAAGUGAGCAUUUCAAUAUUUUGCACGUUUUAGCGCGUAUUCAUGUAUCACGUAAACACUACGGUAUGUUGGUCCGUGGGUCCGUAGACCGGGUGGGCUUGCUUCGCUCGCCAAUUAUACAACGAGAAUCAG